UCUUGUUUUGUUGGGAUUGUGCUUAGUUUAGCCAGUUCUACUUCCGCUGUCUAAGUCUGUCGCGUACAAGUGACGUUUUGUCUUGGUCCAGCUUGAUAUGGCGGCGUUACUGAGAGGUCUACGGGCUGGAAGGGUCCUCCGGACACUGAGCAGCGUUGUGGCUGCACCAACAGCAACGGGCCCUCAGAGCUGCAGCCUGAGACGAGGCUUCCACUGUGCAGCACUGAGGCUGCAGGACGAGUCCAAAUCUGACAAACCCCCCGCAUCCUCAUCCACAACCUACCACGAGCACUACCAGGCUCACUCAGCUGAGCAGGACACAGAGGCGGCUUCCCAGCAUGACCCUGAUCCAGCAGCAGAGGGGACGGACACCAGUCACCAGGACCAGGACGAGCAGGAUGAAGACUAUGAAACGGAGGAGCAGCUGCAGGCUCGAAUCCUGACAGCCGCUCUGGAGUUUGUCCCACAGCAUGGCUGGUCCAUGGAGGCCAUCGCCGCUGGUGCUGAGUCACUGGGUUUGUCCUCCGCCUCCACUGGUAUGUUCUACAACGGAGCAGGAGACUUGGUUCUACAUUUUAUCGCCCACUGCAACUCCCAGCUGACAGAGGGCCUGGCAGAGCAGCACAACCAGGUCCAACUGGGCCAGGCCGAAAAAAAGAAGACGGCUGACUUUCUCAGAGACGCUGUGGAGACCCGACUGCGGAUGUACAUCCCUUACAUGGAAACGUGGCCGCAGGCGAUGAGCAUCCUGCUCCUCCCUCACAACAUCCCCGACAGCCUGAAGCACCUGUCCACCCUGGUGGACGACAUCUGGUACUACGCAGGAGACCGGUCCACAGACGUGAGUGGAUCUUAUCGCCCUCGAUCCCCCCCCUCCUCCGCUCAUACCUUCCUGUCCCCCGUUCACCACCACCCCCACAAUAUCCGGCCCGCCACCUCCCAGGUCAGGGUCAGGCAUGGCUCCAGCACGCUCGGCGCUGGCGCUUUGCAAACCGCCACCAGGGGGCAGCGUCAGUGGACGGAGGCGUGGGCUGCUCCUGCUUGUGCUGGCUACUUUGCUCUUUCCUGGGCCAGACAGAUCUCCCGUGUUAUGAACUGGUACACAAAGCGUGCGGUGCUGACGGGCAUCUAUAACACUACGGAGCUGGUGAUGAUUCAGGAUUCUUCUCCAGACUACCAGGACACCUGGAGCUUCCUUGAAAACCGCAUUCAGGAUGUUGUGAACAUGGCAUCCACUGCCAAACAGGUAGAGAUCAUUAAAGAGGUGCAAUCGACUGGUGAAGCAGUGGUGCAGGGUCUGAUGGGGGCUGCCGUUACGAUUGAUGCUAACUCGUCGGUGCUACACGAUGAGUUCAUCGCGCACAGAGUCGGCCUCAUCCCGCUCACCAGCGACGACAUUGUGGACAAGAUGCAGUACUCCAGAGACUGCACCUGCGAUGAUUUCUGCCCGGAGUGCUCAGUGGAGCUGACCCUGGACGUCCGGUGCACAGAAGACCAGACGCGUCACGUCACCUCGCGCGAUCUGUUGUCCAACAACCCCAGAGUCAUCCCAGUGACGUCCAGAAGCCGAGACAACGAUCCAAACGACUACGUGGAGCAGGACGAAUUGACCUCCUCAUCUCUGUCUGCGCGCCCCAACGCAGACAUUCUGCUGGUGAAGCUCCGGAAAGGUCAGGAGCUGCGGCUCCGAGCUUACGCCAAGAAAGGCUUCGGUAAGGAGCACGCCAAGUGGAACCCGACUGCAGGGGUGUCCUUCGAGUACGACCCGGACAACGCCCUGAGGCACACGGUGUACCCCCGGCCCGAGGAGUGGCCAAAGAGCGAGUACUCUGAGAUUGAGGAAGACGAGGCCCAGGCUCAUUAUGACCCCAACGGAAAGCCGGAGAGGUUCUACUACAACGUGGAGUCAUGCGGCUCCCUUCGGCCGGAGACCAUCGUCAUGUCGGCGUUGGCCGUCCUCAAGAAAAAGUUAAGCGACCUGCAGACCCAACUGAGCCACGAGAUCCAGAGCGACGUGCUCACCAUCAACUGAAGGCCGCGCUCUAACGGAGAGCACUCACAGUUUUCCUUCCACAGGCUCCAUGUGCCAUCUCUAAUUUGCGUCAGACUUAUUGAGAUUUGAUUUAACCUAUUAAAAGCUCAUCAGUAACUAUUAUUGUUUGUCUUUAUGUGUAUUUUUCAGGUCUCAGUAAAAUUAUAACGGCAGUGUCUGCAACAAAAUCUGUGAUGCUGUUUUUCACAGAGAAAAGGAAGUUUCAUAGACUGUUAAAUGAAUAUGUAGUUUAACGUCCAUUUUUGAAUAAAUCUGUUUUUCAGACGUUUGGGGUUCUCUCAUUAAAGUUAUUUUAUGUUGGUGUUCACUUCAGGUUUGAGAUUAAUUUCU